AAACGCUAGAAUGUGACAUUGAAGUCAUGCAGAUUAAAUCUUUGUAAAUUAAUCCAUACACUGAACGUUUUAAGUACAGUCCGAACGAGCUAGUAUUUGACGUUUGCUAAAUUUAGCUGUUUGAGGUUAGCUAAAACGGUAUACUGAAGCUAAUGUUACGAGCUAGCGUCAUUUGUUCAGUGAGAACGGCGUUAUAGGUUGGCCCCAUAUUCUUGUCAGUGUGUUUAUCCAUAAUGUAUGAAUCUACAUACACGCUGCAUGUAUAUUUUGUCUGAGACAUAGAUGAAGCACUCUAUGUGAUGCCAGUUUCUUCUUUGUUUACAAAUGUAGCGUUAGCAUUGUCUGCAGGCUGCUACUAGCUAGCUAGCCGGUGUUAGUUAACAUUUUCUUUUUCGUCAGAUAGCAAAAUUAAGGACUCGGGGAUAAAAUUUCGUCAUUCAUAGACUUGGCCGAGAACCUGUUCUCUUCAAUGCCUGUCUUCUAAACACUGUGGUCUCUCUUCGAAGGAGUUAUUUAAAAGAAGAACUGUCUGAGAAAUUACUCAUCCGUUCCUCUGAUGGUCAGCCAUGGAUGACGAUGACAGCCAAGAUGAGAUGAUCAACCGCAAUACGUCCCAUAGCAAAGGGAAAAGGGCUGCGUUGUGGGCCAUCUCAGAUGACUCAGACGAUGUUGAAGAGGAGUCUGAGGAGGGAGAAUCUGACAGUGGUGAGGAAGAUGAGGAGGGUCACCUAGAUGGAGAGGAUGAUGAGGCAGAGGAUGAAGAGGAGGAUGAUGAGGAAGAGGAGGAAGAUGCAAAGACUGACAGUGGAGCUUUUGGGGGAACCUCUGCAGACUUUGCAGGGAUGAACUCGGAUGAGGACACAGACCAGUGUCCCAUCUGCCUUAACUCGUUCAACAGCCAGCCUGUUGCAACACCAGAGAACUGUGAGCACUUCUUCUGUCUUGACUGCAUCCUUGAAUGGGCCAAGAAUGCAAACUCAUGUCCUGUAGACCGCAUUGCCUUCAAUAGCAUAUACCUAAGGAAAUGUUAUGGAGGCAAAGUGAAGAAAAUGAUCACAGUACAAAAGCCUGUGAAGGAAGGUCUAGAGGAAAGAGUAGAUUUGGACUUGGAGCAGACCAACUGUGAGGUGUGUGGGGGCACUGACCGUGAGGACCGCCUUUUGCUCUGUGAUGGCUGUGAUGCUGGUUAUCACAUGGAGUGUCUCACGCCACCUCUUGACUCUGUUCCUGUAGAGGAAUGGUUCUGCCCUGAGUGUGAUGCCAACAACCGUAAUUCAAGGGAUUCAGCUGAAGAACACAGUGAUACAGAGAGCCUACCUUCUACUGCCCACCCUACCUCCAGUCGCUCCCACACCCGUGCCGCAGGUCCCACCAGAGCUAUAGCUCGGACUCAGCAGAGUGAGAGGGUUCGAGCUAAUGUCAACCGACACCGCAUCACACAGGCACGCACAUCACAGUUGGCUCCCACGUAUCUGAUUCAGUCCACAUGGCUUGAUGACACUAUUAAUGCUGUGGUUGCUGGGCUCAACACGUCUGUUUACAUAAGGGACCUCGCACCUCGCGUCUCAUCAAGUGGCAGGUGCAAGACCAGAAAGCGCAGAAAGAUCAAAAAGAAGAAGGCAUCUUCUGCUGUGGGCAAAAAAGGUAAAAUGGCAAGCAAAGGAGUCAAAGGCAGGAGACGGAAAGUGAGGAGAACUAAGUCCAGAAAAAAGCUGGUGUUGAAAAAGACAGCCACUCCUCGAAGCCGUAUUGCAAAUAAUCUUGGAAUUGUAAAGGACAAGAAGAGCUCUUCACUUCCUACAGUAUACCGUCCAUCAGAGCACACGCUAAGUGGCAUGCGUGCUGACAUAGGCGCUGCAUCCCUGUCUAUCUAUGGAGAUCCAUUUGACCUGGAUCCAUUUGUGGAUCACGAGGAGGAAGAGCAGCAUGCCCAUGUUACAUCACUGUUGGAAGCCAAGAGGCGAGGGAUCUCACGCUCUGCUCUUCGCUCUCACCAGCCUGUAGCUCGACCAGUCACUGCAAGCCUUUCCAGGAGGGCUAUAGCUGUCCCCCAGUCAGGGGGUGUUGUAGAGGCAGCCCCUGUGCCUGACCUGCUGGGCAGCAUCUUAUCAGGACAAAGCAUGCUUUUAAUGGACAGCUCUGAUGUUGUUAUUAACCGAGAUGGUUCCCUGAAAGCUACAAAGCCAAUGAUGCCAUCAGUGUUAAAGCCAGGAUGCAGCAAAAGCAGUAGCUCAGGCGAUGCCAGCACCCAGAUCAACCCAGUGAUGUCACCCAACCAAGGAGAUGGUUGUCUGUCUCCCCACUACAGCAGAGACCUACCAGGAUCCUCCCAUAGCUCAACAAACAGUUAUUUUUCCCAGAACUCUCCUCACCUACCCACCCUGAUGCCCUCCUCAGUCAGCCACACCCAGUUGCCUCCUCAUUCUGAUUUACCAUCUCGACGUCAUCCGAGUUUGCAGCCACCAUGUCCAGUCAGACCCACCCAGGGAACCAGUGGAGUUAGAGCCCCUUGUCCCUCCACCGUAGACUCCAGCUCCAAGAGCAAGGGAAUAGCCCCUUCACUCUCCCAAUCUAAAAAGGCACCGACUAAGCCCAUGUGGGUGGAUGUGUCAGUGCUUCCUAGGAUACCAAAAAUAAAAAAGGACAGCAGUGGUAUCACAAAUGAUGGAACUAAUAGAAGCAGUAGUAGCAGUGGUGGUAGUAGUAAUUCUACCACGAGCAGUAAUGGUUAUGGCAUGUCAGAAAGAGGCAUGAACAGCCUGGCUGGGGACAAGGGAAGGCAGCAAAGUGUAGACCAGCAAAAGGGUCAGGCUCAGAGGCCGAGGCCUGAUGGAGCAGGAUCGUCAUCAUCCUUCUCCAGCUCAUUCUCUUCCUCUUCCACUGCCUCCCCUGCCAGCCAGCCACAUUAUUCAUCAGCUUCCUCCUCUUCCUCAGCAGUGAGCUUCCGCAUUAACUCCAGUGGGAAUUCCUGGCAUUCAAGGCGACUGAGCAUCACGUCAUCCUCUGCCAGUGGAGGUAACAUGCAGGAACCCUGGAGAAAAAAGGAAGAGGAAGCAAGAAAGAGGCAGCUGCACAGGGAUAAACAGAUGCUCUUGGCACCACGUACGCUGGUCAAUAAAGAGCAAGAUAGUAAUAAUAUCUAUGAUCCCUUUAACCCCACUCUGUCUGACUCAAGCAACUCAGACAAUGAAGCUGAGAGCACAAGUGUGGAUGGCAGCUCUCAACACGCUACAUGCGAGGAUAAAGCUCGUAGUUUAGGAAACAAGGAGGGUUUAGUGCAAAGCAAGCAGGAUCUGGUUCAUGUGAAAACCGAAACACAGGAGAUUGAGAUCUCAGAGGAAGAACCAAGGAGAGCUGGUGCUCAUGACACCAUAUCUCAGGAGGUCAGAUGUUCAGAGGAAUACGUCAAGAUUGAAAAAGACACUGAGACCUUGAAAAGAACAUUAUUACUUGACACUAAAGUUAAGAAAGAGCCAGGGCUAGAAGAUGCAGGGGAAGGUGAAAGGUUUGGUGACAGUGUAAAAAGUUUGAAAUCAGAGACAGCAGGCACCCCAUCACCUGUUCAUCACAUCCUACCUCCUUUAAAGAAUGAGAGAGAGACUUUACAAGAAGAGAGUGGUCGGAGUGUUGGAACUCCCAACAGUGCUCCUUCUAACUGUAAGAAUGAUUCAUCAGCAUCCAGCUCUACCCCUACCUCAAAGAAACAAAAGGCAGAAACUAAAUCAGAUUCCAAAUCCUGUUCCAAGUCUCCAUCAAGAGAUUUGGACCAUCGGAAGAAAGGCUUCCAAGCUUCAAAGGAGCGAUGGUCCAGCAGUCCGGAGACAGACAGAGGGAGGAGGGGAGAGCAUCACUCCUCAAGAAAGGGAAGUCGAGAAAAAGAAAAGAAGACGGACAGUGAAAGGAGCUCUAGGCGGUCAAGGUCCAGGGAGAGGAGAAGGGCACGCUCAACGUCAGAAAGCUCUCAGUCCAAUUCCCCUGACAGGACUCGCCAAAAGAGACGGCGAUCGCAGUCCAAAGACAGGAGGCGGUCGAGGUCCGGUUCCAGCUCUAGCAGCCGAGAGCGUUCACGGAGGAAGAAGCAUAAACAAAGGGGCAAGGAGAGACACGAUGACAAAGAGAGAGACUGUGAGAGAAGACAUGUGUCAAAGGAGAAAAGACAUGGCCGGUCUCGCUCAAAAUCGCGGUCAAAAUCACGUUCCAGAUCCAGAUCCACAUCUAGAUCAGAAGACCAUAAACAGGGCCUGUCUUUCUCAAAAUCGCGGUCAAAAUCACGGUCAAGAUCCAGAUCCAGGGAACGGAAGAAAGACCACAUUCGACUGCAAAAAUCGUCUCUCCCUUCCAGACACAAGGUGGAGUCGAGGUCAAAAGACAAGAGCAGACGCAGGUCUAGAUCCAGCUCAAGAGAGAGAAGGAAAAAAGAAAGCUUGUCAUCCAAGAAUUCACAGAAAAUUUCAGGCACCUCUGUUCCGUCCUCUAAAGACACAAAACAGUUACAGGACAAGAAAAAAGAGAAGGGUAUCGCUCGUAGCUCCGUCAAAGAGGAAAAAGUUGCCACAAUAAACAAACAGGAGGCUCCUUCCUCUAUUGCCACCUCUAAAGUUAAGAAGGAAGUCCAAGAUGUCAGGAUAGACAACCAGGCCACAACAGCAGAAAUUGCAGAACAGACAAAGACUGGACAAGAAAUUAAGACAGAAAGACAACCACUUCUUGAUAUGUUUGAAGAUUCUCCUAUUAAUAAACCAAUAAAGAAAGAAGAAACUGACCACGCUGAUUUGAUGGCAGUCAAAGCAAUAGAUGAGUUUGGAGACAAAGCGGAUGCCGUUAAGCCAGAGAUAUGUGAAAUUCCCAUAAUUAAAUCUGAGCCAAGUUCUCCACAUCCACGCCACGUGCCCUCUGUCACCUCAUUUUCUACAGUGACCACACCUGUCACAGCAGACAGCCUCCAGGAGUCUUCAGUCUCUCAGUCUCACCCCGUGUUACUGGAUGAACAGCCAAACACAGCUGGAUUGGCUGUCCCUGUAAAGCAGGAAGUUCAGCAACCCUCAGACUCGGAUGAUGACUUUAAUGUUGAUGUGAUGCUAGAUAACCUGGACUAUGUGAAGUCUGAGCGCACAGAGGGAAGUGCUGUGUCCGUCAAACAAGAGAAAGAAGUAGAGGAGGGGAAGAAUGAAGGAGGUCCGGUACCAACUGUACAGGGAACGAAAUCAAAGAGUCAAGUGAAGAGGGUUACCUGGAAUAUACAGGAGCCUGAGGGGCCCCAACCAGAGAAAUCUGCAAGCAAGCUGGCUUUGUAUAAGUUGAGACUCAAGCAGGAAGGAGCUCGCAGACCCUCUUCUACAGGCCAGACACAGAGUCAGGACCUAACUGGAACUGUCAGUGACUCCUCUAAGAAAGGUGCUGUUAUUCCGCACAGUAGUUCCUCUAGAUCUGAUGGUGUACAUCCUGAGGGGUUAUCAGCCACUGGACAAGGCGAGGCUGAGGAAGGGGAUUUGUCGAAGAAAGACAAAUAUUUAAAGAAGCUGCACAUGCAGGAGAGAGCCAUAGAAGAGGUGAAGCUGGCUAUCAAGCCUUUUUACCAGAGGAGAGACAUCAACAAGGAGGAAUACAAAGAGAUUUUACGCAAAGCCGUCCAGAAGGUGUGCCACAGCAAGAGUGGGGAGAUCAACCCAGUGAAGGUGGGCAAUCUGGUCAAGGCAUACGUGGACAAAUACAAGCAUGCUAGGAAACACAAGAAGGGAGAGGACUCAGGGAGGGCACAGGAGGUUCACACUGAGGCCGUGAGAACCUCUGACAGCCCAUGAGGGGCAGUAGACUACAGGCAAGGACAGCCACUUUGAUCACAAACACUCAUUCAUACAUUAUGUUACAGUGUGUUUUACUUUGUGUCCUGUGACCACCGGGUGUGAUCUCAGACUCUCUGACAGAAACGGUUAAUUAAGAUUUGCUCACAGCCUCAAGGUGGAACAUUUUCUUUAAUAUGGAGCUUUCUAUCUUAACUGAAUUUUGAGAAACUUUUUUCAUCGAUCACUUGAACAGCACAGUGAUUGGACCGUCACUGCCAAGAACUGGCGUUUUUGUGAACAGCUCAGAAACUUAGUAGGAGACCCUGAGGUUGUGCCUUGAAGAGGCAAAUCUCAACAGGUUCUCCAUGGAAUGAUAAAUCAGGUAGCUUUUCCACAGGCAUAUCACUGGGAGGAUGCAUUGUGUUUGAGUUUUCUAUGACUUUUUGUUUUGUUUUGCGGGUGGGAGGGGGUAUUUAUCAGUGGAAAAACUCGUUUUGUGGGCUAUAAAGUGGUAUAAAAGUAUGCAGAGUAUGCAUAUUGAAGACAUUUGUCAUAUUAAGGAAAGACACUGUUAUGCAAUUUUUGUAGAAAAUUUGUUAGUAGAGGAAUUAAACAAUUUUAGAUUUGACUGUAAAUAAUAUAGAUUUGAUAUGUCCACUCACGUGUUCCUGUCAUCUGUGUUGCCUGUUGCGAGUCAUUGACACAAAUGGUUCGUAGGUUUGUAGAGUUACUUGGUUUAUGUUUUUGUAUGAGAGAGCCUUUAUUGUUGUCUUCCACAUCUCUAAUAUCCUUGUCUAAUGAGCAAAACGUAGUCCAUUGUGUUCUACAGGUAAAGUCUGGCUCAGUAGUUUGAAAUGAAUAUUGGAGUCAUUCUUCCCAAAUAACAGCCUCUACUCUUUAGGCAGCCUAUGUGUUCUCUUAUGUCCUCAGCAUUAUCUUUGUUUUUCAACACAUGCCUGAAAUGUAGAAACCAGAUUUUAGAGAGCCAAGAAAUAUUUUGUUUUGUGCCAAACAGAUAAAAAAUAAUCAUAAUAAAAAAAAAAGAAAAGCACCAUUUCCCUGAAUAAGUGAGAUUUAAUUUCUUUUUGGGCAUUCUGUUUGUUAACAGUGGAGAGUACAACGCCAGUACAAGUGAUGUAGACUUUAUUUUGGAGUCAUAAGGAUUAUAACACAGAUGUUAUGUCUCAAUGGCUGAAUUGCUGCCUCUGUUAUCUUGCAUAAAUGUUUAAUUAGAUGUUGUCACUGUACAAGAUGCUGAUUUCAUGUUAACCUUAAAGUUGUUUUUUCCUUUUUUUUUCUUCCAUAUUUAUGUUAAUUAGGUAUUAAGCUCAUUUUAUGGACAUAAUUCUUGAGAGAUCAACUUACAGUUCCUGUAAUGGGAAAAAAUGGAAUAUCUCAUAAGUCAGAGCGUUUCUACGGCAGGUAUGAUAGAAAUAAACAUCCCUUUAGUUGGGAACACAGGAUCCUCACAAUGUUAAUCUUGAGCCUUUUCCAGUUUUUAAUUACAGCCUCACUGUGACUAAUUCGUCAUGGUGUUUUCAGUGUUUUCUGCAUUUCUUUCAUUAAGACAAAUGUUUGUGAGAAACUAAUUCAACUUGUUCAUCAUUUCUUUUUGUCUAUGCUAGUUUGUCUACUGUAAAACUAGUUAGGUGGUUUGUUGGCCUUGCCUUGUACCUUGUUGUCAUGUUUAAUUUGGCUUUAUAAAGCCAAGAUUUAGGACCGGAAGAAUCCUAAAAAACACAACAAAAAAACAGGUGCUAAUGUUUAUCUGAAUGUAUCUUUUUUUGUUCUGUAUUUACUUGAUCAACCCACAAAGGAGGUUGGGGAUCCAUGAAGUAUGUUUGACAUAGCCAGGCUUUCAUUGCUUGAGCCCCAGUCGGAUAAUGAGUAUCAUGACGGUUAGUACCAACUUUCUUAGCCCAACGAGCUCUGUAUGAGUUCCCAUAUAAAGGGGUGCUGAUUACGCCAUUUGACUCUUCUUCCUCACAAAAUGGGCAGUUCAGCUCACACCAACUUCAGUCAAGAGGUCAGCAGGUGUAUGUGCUGGAUAGCUGUGAGGAAUAUGUUGCAGCAAAAAGCAACACUGUUGCUUCAGAUAGUCAAGAAUUGCAUUGAGGUCUGUCCCAUAAUGAAGGAUGUGUGGGAAUAAAGGAACAUUUUUUUUGUUUUUUCAGUAGUUUUUUUUUUUUUUUUUUUUUUUUUUUGGACAAAUCAAAGUGAAUGAGUUUUAUUAAUUGGAUAUUAUUUGUAAUUAAUACCAGUGCACUAAUCGUUUUAUUCUGGAUCCGUGUUCUUUUAGCUGCUAUACCAACAAAAUACAAUGGCAGCAAUCAGAACCAAGCAUAACAUCAUCGUCCAAAGAGGUCUAUAGUUGUUGUGCCAUCAUUGUUCUUUUAGUUUAUGCAUCAUAUGCUGUGUAAAAUUUAAAUAUUAUAAAUUUAAAAACCUGAAGCUUUGGGCGAAAAAAAUAUUUUCUGCAUCACCAGCUGCAUGCAUCUAAGUUCCUGUGUCCAAAAACCACAAGAUGGAUAUAAUUUGUGCUGCUCUGCUGAAAGUUAAUUACAUAGCUAUGUUCAGUGGCAUUACUAAAGUAUGGCUCAGCACUUUUGCAUAUAUAAUGUAUUCCUUUAGCUGAGAAUCUAUAUUGCGCUUAGAGAAUAUCAUUAAGGAAGGUAUGAGCGAAUGGGCGGUGUUAUUUAAACCCGUUAACCCGUUAAUCUUGCUUCGUAGUACACCCCCUCUGCUGUUUCUAAGAGAAAACACAAAUGAUAAUAAAUCGCUGAUGAUAGAUGGGGUUUUGUGUCAAUUUUCUGUCCUGUCAUCAUAUUUUAGCCCCAGGGAUUUGGGGGCAUUAUAUGGUAACAUAAAAAGAAAUACCAUAAGAAUCAUAGUCAUGGCUGUCGCUCAAAUUGAGCCACCACAAAUGAAAACUAUCUAUUAGUAGUCACUGGAGACCAGAAAGCUUGACUGCUAUGAUUAUAAAUAUUAUUAUUAUUAAUAUUAUUAUUAUUCCUGCCAUUAAAUUUGCCUUCCUUUGUGUGAAAAUAAACCAACUUUGCACAAUGGUUCAGUCCUAUGCUCAGCAAAAUCAUGACUUUCCCUUGGAGUCAAAGGUUGUGGGUUCGAGCCCUGGGCAUUUUAGAAAUAAUUAUACCUAAUCAGCAGAAUCCUGAUAAAAGCCCGUUCAUUUGAUUCGGGAGUGUCAGAGCAAGGAGACAUCCCAAACCUGCAUCCACCAGACUGAGAAACCCUGGAUGAGAUAUGCAUGAUUUCAAAGAGAGCCUUUCUGAGUAGCACAUCUUAUAGGUGCUCAGGCGGUGUGUUUUGUGAAUUCCUCCUAAAAAUGCCUGGUCCUGACUGGGUGCUGACUCAGCUAUCAUUUGUAUUUUCUUGCCAGGGGCAAUUUUUUUUAAUGAUGAAAACUAAAGUCUAAGUCUCCCUUUCUUUUGUGGGUAUCACAUUUUUUUUGUUUAUUUCUUUUUUUUUUAAAAAAGGCUUGAUUUGUCUCUAGGUCAUACCCUAAAAUUGUUUUACAACCCCAAUUCCAAAAAAGUUGGGACACUGUGUAAAAUGUAAAUAAAAAUACAAUCAAAUUCCAGAUGAGCUCACACAUUGCGUCACAGUUGUAAUAAAUGAAAAAGAUCUCAUUCAGGGUUAAAGAUUUUAUUUGGAAUCCAGAAAAGGUUAGAUUCAUUUAGUAAACAUGUAUAACUGUAUACAUACACAUACAUAUACAUACAUAUGUGUGUAUGUGUGUAUGUAUAUUUAUAUGACACAUAAAAAAACUUUAAAAAGACAUUUUACUCAACCUUCAGCUACAUUUUACAAGCAUAUAAAUAUGAGAUCAAAAAGCUUUACUUGUUACAAUGGAUUUACCAAUGUAUAAGGCAGUUUCAUUAAGAGAAUCUGAUAUUUACAGUUCUCAUAAAAAAGUUUAUUCUAAGGUAAGGCCACUGGCUUUCAAUAGUGGAGGAAUCCUUUUCUGGACAUCUACUUCUGUAGUGAUAAAAAUGUCAAGUUUUUACCUCCAGUUUAUGACUAACAUAAAUUGAGGGGGAGGCGAUGCAAAGCAGGAGGGUGGUGUUACACUUUCUGGCACAUAAUGCAGUACCCAGUUUAUUCAUUCCUGUUUCAUUUACUGUGUUGUACAGAAUGCCCGAUGGACGAGUGAGACAAAAAAUCUGGUGGAUGCAUUUUCUAAGUCUGGUAAAAACUGUUUUCUUUCCUUUAGAAUUCAAGAAUGAGUGAAAAGGUUUUGCCAGGAUAAUGCCUCUAAGUCCCUGAUUUUUCUUCAUCUGUGACAGAGGUGGAAAAAGUUUUUGGCAGAUGACUCCUUUUUUUUUUUUUUCUCAGGAUCAGGUUUUAGCUUUUGUAACAUUUUGGCCACAAGAGGCUAAAGUGCUACUACUACUCCACAUAGCUUUGUUUCUUUUGGCUAGAAAUGUGUUUUAAUUGGCUAAA